GACUUAAAACAGUAUUAAGUACUCCUUAUUAAAGCCAAAGGAUAUUGAAAUCCAAGUCGAUGCGAAAUCGUUUUCCUUUUCCGCGGCAAACUUUCCUUUUUCCUAUUUUUCCCCGAAAAACAAACAGGCAGAUAAAGCCAAGUUCAUUUCAAGAAGAGGUAGUUAGGGUUUGUUGAAGAUGUUUAAGAACACAUUUCAAUCUGGAUUUCUGUCUAUAUUAUACAGCCUUGGGAGCAAGCCCUUGCAGAUAUGGGAUAAAGAAGUUUCUAACGGGCAUGUAAAACGGCCACAUGAUGAAGACAUACAAUCCAAUGUACUUGAAAUUGUCGGAUCAAAUAUCCAGUCUACAUACAUUACAUGCCCAGCGGACCCUGCUGCAACUCUCAGCAUAAAACUCCCGUUUUUGGUUAUGAUUGUGAAGAACAUGAAGAAAUACUUCACGUUUGAGAUUCAAGUGUUGGAUGAUAAGAAUGUUAGGCGGCGUUUUCGAGCUUCUAACUUUCAAGCAAUCACUCGAGUGAAGCCAUACAUCUGCACCAUGCCACUGAAGAUGGAUGAGGGCUGGAAUCAAAUCCAGUUGAAUUUGGCUGAUUUUACUAGGAGGGCAUAUGGAACCAAUUAUGUUGAGACUUUACGAGUUCAGGUUCAUGCAAACUGCCGCCUGAGGAGAAUAUAUUUCUCUGACCGCCUCUACUCUGAAGAAGAACUCCCUCCAGAAUUUAAACUCUACCUUCCGAUGCAGAAAGCAUGAGAAGUUCCAACCACUCGCCACUUUUCAAAGAGCUGCACUGACAUAUCGUUUCAAAUCUAUCUGUCGGUUCCAGCUUAAUUUUCUUUUCUUUACAUGAAAGGAGAAAAUUAGCAAAUUCCAGAACCUCUCUGCUUGGCGGUUUAUCCCAUAGUAUUUUGUUUAUUCCCAUUAUAGCUUUGGGAGGCUUGUCUAGACACAGCACAUGCAAUUAACUUUGAUGUUAAGUUUAUUGUAACUAUUUGGAUCACUCAUUUGUUCUCCUGUUAUGUUAGCUUGAUUUCGUGAA